UGCAUAUACCCGCACAUGCACACACCCCCACACACAUGCAGGUACCAGCUGGAAGAUGAGUCUGCCCAUUUGGAUGAAAUGCCAUUAAUGAUGUCUGAAGAAGGCUUCGAGAAUGAUGAAAGUGAUUACCACACGUUACCACGAGCUAGGAUCACACAGAGAAGAAGAGGACUAGAGUGGUUUGUCUGUGGAGGAUGGAAGUUCCUCUGCACCAGGGCGCAGGGACGAGUGGGAGCCGUCCUGCUGGUGCUCUUCUCCGUGGUACGCACCUUCUUCGGGAGCUGGGCGUCCAUUCUCACCACUGUCUACAGCCAAGAACUGGAAAAGUCCCUCUUGUGAUGGUCUGCGGCCAAGCCAGAAACUGAACCAAGGUCUCCUUUGACAAACCAAAGCCCUUGCUCUUUGCUCUGUGGCCUGGGAAAAGUGCUAGGGUGAGGAGUUGUGCUCCCAAUAAGACUAAUCCUGACUGGUGUCUUUAAGUGGAUAAAGGCCGGUCUCGCCAUCCUAAGGGGAACCCGGCAUGAGGAUCGCUGGAGUCGAGGAGGCUGAGAAGCUGUAUCUGUGUGCAUGGAGAAUCACUGAAUGAAUGCUACAGGAGCUGUCAGAGAUGGCUGAAAACACAGAGGAAGUGGGAGUGGGUACUGACAGGCACAAACUCUGAGGACACGGACCUUUUAAUGUUAAUGGUGUGGACUCUAAAAUUAGGGGGCUUGUGUGCUAUGGAAGUGGUACUUAAUCCGUGCUCCCAAAUAGUUGCCAACAGUUACGGACUUUUAAUGUUAGGAGUCUUUUCAUAGUGUUGAAAACAUUGUUGAAUUUAUUUUUUGAAAGUUUUAUUUAUUUAAGUAAUCCCCACACUCAACAUGGAUCUUGAACUCACGAUCCCGAGAUCAAGAAUCACACGCUUUUCUGACUGAGCCAGCCAGAUGCCCCCAUUGUGGAAUUAAUUAUUUUUGGUCUUUUAUAGCACUUUGUUUUUACCAAAUGGAACAUAGACAAAUUUUGGAUUUUAUUUGUAAUAUGUUACUUUUUUUAAAGGAAAAUGUUAAUAUUCCAGAUGUAGAUGUUAGCAAAACACCCAUGUUUGGGGGACAUUAAAAC